GUUCAACAAGUACACAUUUCUUGAUGAAAAUGAAAAGUGCUAUCAGGAACACAACAGCAUUGAUGAAAUUUCUUUAGUACCAAGAAAAACACAUAGAUGAAGUAAAAGAUCAAGAAAAAGAUAUCAGCCUUCGAGUCCCCACGAGGAAGAAUGCCGCUGCCUGCCAGGUACGAAGACUUAAGGCUUUCGUCGCUGAGGAAGUUUGCAAUUUUAUAGUAGUUGUAUGUGAAGAACCUUGCAGAUUAUACUAUUCUUACACAAACAGCUAGUGCUCUAAAACCCGGUCCUACGAUCGAAGAUGUGGAUUCCGAUGAGGAUGACCCGCGUUCUGCGUACCAGAAAGCAAAUAAUCUACAGCCUCUGGCGACUGAGGCGAAGAUUCCGUGGGAGCAGAAGGACUUUAAAGGCCAAGUUGAAGAGCUACGGGAGUUUGCGUGGAAAGUACAGUCGAGACAUCACAAACCCGGCUGCGUAUUGCCCGAUGGGUUCAAGAAGAAAGCCUUCAAAUUACGAGAAGAACUACGUUGUAUACAUUGAGACUUUUCUUGGUGUGAAGGAUCGCUGCUAACCUAACCUAACCGAUGUUGACCUAGCUAAAAGAGAAACAGGCCAUUCCUGACUUUUUCAAGAAGAAAAAGGCUACGAAGAAAGAGCUUAUUUACAUGCAAGACGCAUUUACAUACAUAGAUAGGUGAGUCAGUUGUCUCAAACUGAUUAAUGGAGGUUAUGGACCUCCAAAAAACCCAAGUAAUCGUCCAUACCUCUUAGACUCUAACGAAAGAAACCCAACGCGUAGUCACCUACUGCUUAGACAAUAAGUAUGUGGGGGAAGCUGACUUUCGGGAGCGGGCGCCCAAAAUGCGGAAGCGGCUUGAAGAAGUGCUCGCCGAACUAGAGAAGCUGGAAAAGGAGUCGAAGGAGGAACGAGCAAAACUGGCACUACGGGCUAGCGGAAAUGUUAUGCGACUUGUUCUAACGCGGAUUUGACUCUUUGUUCUGCCCUGAUUAAACUACUUUAAUUAAGAAGAAGAAGUAGACUUGCCUAAUUGAACUACUUUACCCCGAGAGUGAGUACACUACUACUACUACUCGUGUGGUAGCGAAACGAAGACUACUAUCAGAAAUUCCACCUAAGUACCUUGGGACACUGUUCUAAGUAUGGAAGCUAUUCGAUCCAGAAACGUGCAGAAUUUACCGAUACGCAGAAAGACACUUGUGCAUCUACUGGUGUAAAAGAGAAGCUGCUAGAAGACGGUAAUGUCCAUAACAGUAUGCACUUGUACCUAAAAUAGGAUUAGUGUUCUCUUUCGACAGCGACGAAUUAGCUCGUAUUUCAGCAAUCUUAUACUUCAUUUUCCACACCCCCCCUCCAGUUCCCAUGGAUCUUGGUGAAAGCGGAGGAGCGGGACUGACUGAAAGCGACGUGAGGCGAAAGUUGAAAGGCAGCCGACUUGGGCUUAGUGGCAUGAGCUUGGGAGAUCCGGAUAUGAAAACAAUCCUCGAAGUGUGCAAAGGUACCAAAUCGUAGUGUGUUUGAAAAACUUGCGAUGAUGAAUCUAUUGUUCUUGGUAAUCUUUGCAUACAUAAGUUCACUGACGGUUUCUACUCUGUAUUUAAUGGUGAGUGGUUCUUGAAGUUUUCGUUCACUGUAUAUCACUGUCUUCAUCUCCUGAUCGUUCACUACGAUGUGCUCAUCAAUAGUUGAAACAUGACUCAACAAGACCAAGUAGAAGAUUCCAUAUCAGAUUUGUAGGGGUCAUGCAAAUCAAGAGUUUGUACAAUCAAAUUCUACGCUCAGAUUCCGGUUACAUCGAUACCUUGGAUAUCUCUAGCAAUCGCUUUUCUGACGUGGGCAUGCAGAGCUUGGUCGGUUUUCUCGCCUUACCGUCAAACUUGCCGAAUUUGAGUCACGUUUUUGUUGGUGGAAAUCCUUUGACCGAAUUGGGUCGCUGCAUGCUUGCAGGGCUGCGGUUAGUUUAAGACGGGGUCUUGAGGAAUAGCCAUAUCAUAUUUCUGUAUGGGGUUGAGUCUUAUCUUAUUUGUUUUUGAUGAGGUUGAUUUUUUCCGUAUCUAUUCCUGCGUGCGAAGAAAGGAAAUGUUUGAUAGGGUAGGGCCAGUUAGAUAUCCUUUCUAAGAAGGAAUGAACACUCGUGUACCAGAACCUACCUCGUAAACUUGGCUCUAACUACUGCGCAAAAAAGUGGAAGUGCUCGAUGAAGUGACGACGCCGACAGAGGAACCCGAGACGAACGAUACUAUGCCAGAUCUUAUGAGAAAAUCUUGUGUUGUCUACCGCUCUCCACGUCCACAUAACAGGGUAAUCAAAGGCAUAUGUUUGCACUACUCCAUAGCUUUUGCGACCAAAUGUACAAGAUGGACUCAAUAGGUCCAGUGCAAUAAGUGUUUGUUUAAGACAAGGUCAGUCACCACGGUGUUUAUUUCCUUUCAUAGCUUCUGCUCAGCAGUCCUUUGCCGAACAGGGAGAUAAGCCAGUCGUGGACACUAGCGUGGAAACUACUACGAGCUCCGACAAGAUGGCAUCUGCUGUGCAGGAAGGAAGCUCUGACAAUAUAGAAGUUGAUGCGCAGGAAGAUGAUGAAUUGGAUGGUUUGGAUUAACGUGUGACACUCAAGGAAACUAAUAGACGCAUGCUGUGUAAUUUAACGCUACGUGCAGGGGACACACUAGCAUCAUGUUGUGUGAUGAAAUUUCAU